CGUCCCGAGGACAGAGGCUAGCAAAUCAGCAGCUUCCCUUCUUCAUUUAAAAAAGAUUCGUUUAACGAAGGUUCUGUCUGUGAGUCGGCGCCCAGUCAAGACUUGGGGCCCUGCGUGGCGACCGUCCUCCCCUCGAGGGUACCCACUGCCCGCCCUCCGGGCCCUGGCCCUCCGCCCCAGCCGCGCCCUGGGCGCAGCCCCUUUUGGCACCGCGGCUCCCAGGUGCCCGGCGCAAAGGCGGAGCCGGACUGCAGCCGCCUGGGUGGCGCCACCGAGACCCCCGGGUAUUCGCAGGUCCCGGCGCUACGGCUCCGACUCCCGCAGCAUCCCCGGCAGCGGCUCCAACAUCCCCGGGAACCCGAGACUCUCCGGUCGCGCACAACCAGCGGACGCCACCACCAUGAGCGCGGGGCCGCGAUGGCCAGCACCCGGCAGCCUGCCUGCGCUCUGCGCCUUGCUGCUCCUGCUGGGUCUGCAGCCGCCACCCGUGCGCACCGAGGGGAAACUCUUCCUGCUGGAGUCUCAGAACGGCUCUCAAGGCCUGGACCUGGAGGCAGCUCGGCUCUCCUGCAGGAGCAGGGGUGCCCACUUGGUGUCUGCUGGGGAGCUGAAGAGAGUGGUCCAAGACUGUGCCUUCGCAGUGUGCACGACAGGCUGGCUGGCCGACGGCACCCUUGGGACAACUGUGUGCAGCAAAGGGAGAGGCGAACAGCCAAUCGUGAGAGCUGUCGAUGUGAGAAUUGACAGCCACCCUGCUCCCGGUACCAAGUACAACGCCCUUUGCAUUAAGGAUGAAGAGAGGCCGUGUGGAGACCCACCAUCCUUCCCACACACCAUCCUCCAGGGUCGCACUGGCUUGGAGAUGGGGGAUGAGCUGCUGUAUGUGUGUGCACCAGGCUCCGUUCCAGGCCGUCGAGAGACCGCCUUCACCUUGCUGUGCAACAGCUGUGGGGAGUGGUACGGACUAGUACAAGCCUGCGGGAAAGAUGAGGCCGAGGCCCACAUUGACUAUGAAGACAAUUUCCCAGAUGACAGAUCUGUGUCACUCAGGGAACUCAUGGAAGACUCCCAAGCAGAGGGAGACGAGGAAAAGGCUCAGGAGGACGCCUCUGAGGAGACACCAAAACAAGACCGUCUGGUCUUCACCUCUGUGUCUAAAGAAAACAUAGCCCAGGAGAAAGCCUUCAUGCCGACCACAGGCUUGCCUGGCCCUGGGAGCAGGGUCCACACAGACUGGCCCAGAUCCCGCCUAAACAGGAAGUACUCACUCUGGUUUCCUGCUGAGACGUUCCACAAGUCAGAGCUGGAAAAGGAAGUGGGGGAUGAGAGCAAAGAUCCACUUCCUGCUGGAGAAAAUCACAGCGAAGGAAAACUGGUCCCAGGGGAGUCUGAAACUAGGCUGGUCUAUGCCACCACCGACAGCCCCUCGGAGCCGUUUGUGGAUAGGAACGACAGCAGAGCAGAGGACCCGGUGGUGAGCGGCAGUGACGACUCUUGGUUAGAUGGCUACCCUGUGACAGACGGGGCCUGGAGGAAGGUAGAGGCAGGGCGGGAGGAUGAUGGGUCAGUGGGACUGGACGAAAGUGUUCUCGUGACCCCUGACCAGCCUACUGGGAAAGUUAAGGUGCAGAAUGCCACCGUCACCACAAGCGAAUCUGUGAUACACAGUUCGAUUGUUCCGUCUGAAAUGCUCGAUGUAGAGGCCCUGGUUCCAGGACCCAUGGAUGUGUCCGAGACUGAGGCUCCCCACACCGGUGAUGGUGACUUGACUAAGUAUCAAUCAACCAUACCCCGGAGAGUCACCACAGAGUGGUCACCCAUGGCCACCUUACCCUAUGAACUCACCACCUCCACCCAAGAGACGGUCCCAACAACUGUGCAGCAGACACUUAAACUCAACCCCUUGACUAGUGUGGAGGCCACCCAGCCUCCAGCAGAGGCCACAGCUCCUGAGGUUCAGGACAACUUCCCAUACCUACUGUCUGAGGACUUCUUGGGACAGGAGGGUCCUGGGCCUGGUGCAAGCGAGAAGUUUCUUCCAACCUUGGCACCAUGUGUGGGGAACGAGUGUCCCAACUUAAGGAGAGGCCCAGUGAUCGCCAUCAUUGUCACUGUCCUGUGCCUGCUGCUGCUCCUGGCGGUCGUGGGGGCUGUGUGGGGCUACCGCAGGUACCAGCACAAGAGCUCUGUAUACAAGCUGAACGUAGGACAGCGGCAGGCUAGACACUACCACCAGCAGAUCGAGAUGGAGAAGGUCUAGCCUCUGUCAGCAUGGCUUCUCACAAAGCCGCUCAGAGGAAGGCUAACUGUGAAGCACCACACUGAUAAUUCUCAGGAUCGAAGGUGGAAAGGGUUCACCCUCUAAAGUUCAAGCCUUCCUUCUACACGCUGAGAAGUGUCUCUGGAGGCACCUAGAGAGCGGAAAGGGUCUGGUGGAGUCCUCCUCAACCGUGCUCCCUGGAAUUCACUACCCAAAUCACAGACCUCUGCUUUGGCCCUGUUCCAACGUAAGGUUGGACUGUUGUUUAAAUCACCUUCUGUUUUUAUCGCACUAAUGUCUGCAUCUUUAGGGAGUCACAGACUCCAUGCCCUGAAAUAUAGGAAAGAGUUUCGAUGAGCUGCGCAUCCGGGGGCCGUGUUAGGAAACAGACGUUGCACUGUGGACCGGGACAGGGAAGGAUCAUGUGACGGUGCCUAGGACAAACGAGUCUCGAGCCAGAACAUACACUAUAAACUUUGGAGUUCCUUUUUCUGUUUGCUGAAUUUGGAGAGAAUUUAACACUGACGUUUUUUUUUGCCUUGGUGCAUGAGGACCAAACAGGCACAUGCCCACCCCUGGUCCCGCAAUUGUGGGACAGCCCACUGUUUUCCUUUAAGAACAAGGUGACCUUAGUGCCAGUGAGGACAACAUCUGGUGUCCCUGUCUGCUCUGUGCCUACAAGUGCCUGGGAUUGCUACCAGGGCUGAUGACAAAGGCCAACUCUUAGUCUCCUCUCUCGGGAUUAACUGUUUCUCUGAACUCCAGUAAGAGGGAGCGAUGUGGAAGGGGGAUAAUGUCUGACAAAGCACAAAGACUGGCAUAUCGAAUACAGGUGCCUGCUUGGCAGAGAAGCAAUGAAUGUGGACAUGGAUUGCCCUGGGUUGAUCUAACCCAGCCAUUUCCUGUCAGACUGACCGUCGAGUGGCAUCUCACCAGGUGUGGUUUCUACAAGGAUGUUUAUCAGACCAGCAACGCAUCACCGGGUGAUUGGUUGGAGACAUACAUUCUUUUCUUUUGGCGUGGAGGGUUGUUUUGGUUUGGUUUUCCAGACAAGGUUUCUCUGCAGCUUUGGAGCCUGUCCUGGAACUCUCCCUGUAGACCAGGCUGGCCUCGAACUCAGGAGAUCUGCCUGCCUCUGUAUCCCGAGUGCUGGGAUUAAAGGCAUGCGCCACCACAAGAUGGUGCACGGUGAGAUGUAAAUUCUUUAGUCUCACCCCAGACUCAGGAAGCCUGGGAUGGGGCCAGCUCUGAGCUCAGACUCUUCAGAUGGCUCUGAUGUGUAUUCAUACGAAGAGCCGUUGGCUUCUGUCAUCUGUGGUGGUCUUGGAACCCAGGAAGGCCUGGAGAUGGGGUGGUGAGCACCUCAUGUGCCCUGUCUAGCCUGACCUCAGCAUCUCGACAGUGACUUGUAAGGUGUUACCUCCAGUUGACUCCAGGGUAUUAGCCCAGAAGUAAGCACACCAUGUUUUUCUAUCUGAAUUCUUCCUGAAGGUGUCAAGGUGAUGGCGGCCAUACAUGUAUUCUGAGGCACCAUGGGAGUGUCUAUUUUUGUAUGGCACAAGAAAUUCUGGCUCAUGUCUUUGGUUGUGGUGGUUUUAUAGUUGAAAAGGAGGUGGCUUAGUGGGGGUGUGGCUUAGAGACAGGGCACUGUCUGGCAGGUGUGAGGUCCUUGGUUCAAUCUCCGGUGUUGUACGAUGUUUCACUCUUUUGGCUUUUUGGGGGGCCACCACCCAGUUCCCAAAUAAAUCAUACAAAUAGGCUUAUUAUUACUUACAAAUGCCCAGCCUUAGGCUGACUUGUUUCCAGCCAGCUUU